AUGGCGUCAACAGAGCGAGAGAAGAUGCUUCGUGGGGAGCUCUAUUGCGCCUUCACCCCAGACCUGAUUGCUGCUCGAACACGCUGCAAGUGGGCCUGCAAUCGGUUCAAUAGGACCGAUGAGGCACCUCGACGUCAACUUGUCGAAUUGUGGAAAGACAUCACCGAAGACAACACACCUCUGCCACCACCACUGGAUGAUCCAGUUGCCGAUGCUGCUCUUCUCGAACGGGAGCCCUGGAUUGAAGCCCCCGUGAAAGUUGAUUACGGGUUCAACGUCAAGCUUGGGGAAGGUGUCUUUAUCAACUUCAACUGUGUAUUCAUCGAUACCUGCCCUAUCAUCGUUGGCGCUCGGACUUUGUUCGGCCCUAGCGUUCAUAUAUAUUCUGGGACUCAUCCGCUGGAUCCUGCGUUGCGCAAUGGCCUACAGGGUCCAGAGAGCGGGAAGCCCGUUGUGAUUGGGGAGGAUUGCUGGCUGGCCGGCAAUGUUACUGUGCUGCCUGGUAUCACCAUUGGGAGAGGAUGCACGAUCGGUGCUGGCAGUGUGGUCACCAAGGAUGUACCUGCUUUCCACGUCGCUGCUGGUAAUCCGGCUAAGAUUAUCCGUCGCAUUCAGACAACAAUGACGGAAUGA